AUGACCACAAAGAUGAAAACCUCCACCCAACUCGAGAACAAGGCCGCCUCGAUCGCCCGUCUCUCCCUCCACGACCCCGACAACUUCAGCAUCCAGUACUCUCAAACCCUUCAUCGCCUGGAACUUCUCCAGCAUUGGAAGAUCCCCACCGGCUCGAAAGUCCUCGAACUAGGAUGCGGACAGGGCGACUGCACGACUGUUCUUGCAGACGCCGUGGGCGAAGAAGGAAGGGUAGUGGCUGUUGAUCCAGCAGACUUAGACUACGGAUCUCCGUCGACCCUCAGCCAGGCCCAGAGCCACAUCUCCCAAAGCCCACUCGGAAGACGCAUAUCCUGGAUCCAGAACUCCCCCCUGGACUACCUCACCUCCAUUUCCGCCGUCUUCGACGCAGCAAUCCUCGCUCACUCGCUUUGGUACUUCCCCUCGCCGACGCUCAUUCUGGAGACUUUUCGUGCUCUUAAAGGAUAUAGCAAACGCCUCCUCCUCGCGGAGUGGUCGCUUGUUGCUACGUGCCCUUCUGCGCAAACGCAUGUCUUGGCGGCACUUGCGCAGGCGGCGUUGGAAUGUCGGAAACCGGAGAGUGUGUCGAAUGUGAGGACGGUGUUGAGCCCGAAGAGGCUGAAGGAAUUGGCGCUGGAGGCUGGAUGGUCGUUGGAGAGGGAGGCGUAUGUGCAGCCCAGGGAGGGGGUUUUAGAUGGAGAGUGGGAGGUUAAGGCGACUCUUGGUGAAAGGUUCGGGAGGGAAGUGGAGGAGUUUGUGAGUGAUGAGAGGGAGGAAGGGGUGGUGUCUGCGUUGAGGGAUGCUUGUGAGGCGAGUUUGAAAGGCUUAAAAGGGGACGUAAGAGCGAUGGAUGUUUGGGUUGGGAGUUUUGUCUGA